GCAUUGAUAGUUGGUAGUUGAUCAACAUUGAAACAGGUUGAUGACGAGUGAAAAUGUUGAUCAUGUUGAUAGUUAGUCGAUUAAAAAUGUUCAACUAUUGGUUAGAAUUGACUGAUUAUUGGUUAAUAUUAAUCUUUUUCCACCUUAUCUCAACUUCAUCAUCACAUCAUCAUUAUCUCCAUAAUCAUCAUAGCUUAUCAUCCUCAUCAUCUUCAUCAUCAUCGCCAAAACAUUCACUCUUAUCCUUACCAUCAACAUACAAUGUGACUUCAUUGCCAAUCAUUUCAUCAAGUGAAUCCUCAUCACCAGCAACUUAUCAACAUCAUCGUCGUCACCUUACAAGGUCAAUAUCGUCACCAUCUUCAUCCUCAUCAAAUUACAAAUCAUCAAGUGUACAAAAUGUGAAUAGUAAUGACAAUCCAAUUGAUUCACAAUCUAAUUAUUUUUCAACUGAAUCUUCAGUAACCAAUUCAGAUGAAAGUGACCCAGGAGAUAAUUACAUUGGUGAUGUACCAGAAUUUGUUGAUUCCAUUUCAAAUAUAACAGUUUCAACCGGAAGAGAUGCCAGACUAACUUGUAUCGUUCGAAAUUUGGGAAUUUUCAAGGUUGCCUGGAUGAGGAUCGAAGAUCAAACUAUCCUGACGAUACAUGAUCAUAUAAUUACUCGAAACUAUCGAAUCGGUUUAACUCAUAGUGAACUGCGAGUUUGGAAUUUAAUUAUCAACGAUGCCCAAGAAGAGGAUAGAGGAGGUUACAUGUGCCAAAUAAACACGGUUCCAAUGCUUUAUCAGAUUGGAUUUCUCGAUGUUGUCGUGCCUCCUCGUAUAAUAACAUCGGAAACGAGUGUCGAUGUGAUGAGACGUGAGAACUCAAAUGCUACGUUAACAUGUCGAGCUCGAGGUUAUCCCCUUCCAAGGAUAACAUGGCGACGAGAAGAUGGUAAACCAAUUGAAUUUGGAAAUUGGCAGGAAAAGAAAGAUCAAGGAAUCCAACCACCUGAGGAGUAUGAAGGUGAACAAUUAACUAUUAACAAAGUAAGUCGUCUUCACAUGAGUGCAUAUCUCUGCAUAGCCACUAAUGGAGUCCAACCAUCAGUCUCCCAUCGAAUCAUAUUGAAUGUUCAUUUUCCGCCAAUGAUCUGGGUACCAAAUCAGUUGAUUGCUGCCUCAGUGGGAAGUGAAGCAAUAUUAAUGUGUAACACUGAAGCUUCACCUAAAUCAAUCAACUAUUGGACAAAAGAUGAUGAGGAUGCCUUAAUUAGUAACGAUAAAUAUGAGAUUACGACUAAUGAGAGAUUAUAUAAAGCUCAAAUGAUUCUGAAAAUUCGAGAUGUAUCAGCGCAGGAUUUUGGUACAUUCAAAUGUUAUGCUAGAAAUUCACUUGGUUCUACCGAAGGUUCAAUUAAAUUAUACGGGAUUCAUGUUCCUGGAGGUAAAGGGGCGCGUCGUGAUCCAACCAAUGCUAGAAGCCGAAGUCACUUAAAUGAUGGAUCCAAUGGUGCCAACGAUGUCAACUCAAGUUUCGAUAAUCAUUAUAGACAAAGUAAAAUAAUUCCAAUUAUAAUCAUGACCACAAUCAUCAAUAUCUUCCUUGUAAAUACAGAUUAUCUCAUUUAUGUAUUACUAUAAAUAGCCUUUUGGAAUAAUAAGUAUUAACAAGUAUUUUUCCGUUGGAUUAAUUAAUCAAAAUCAAAGGUUAACAACAAACAAUAAUCAAGUUUAUUACUGAGUAAUUUAACGAACUAUGUAUCAAUAUAUAAAUCAGUACCAACUUAGGGUUAAAUACAAUUAAGAUUAAAACAAAAAAGUUACAUCUGUGUAAAUAAAAACCUCCAUGUAAAUGCUAUUAUUAAUAUAUUAUUAUAUAUGAAAUAAAUGAAGACUUUUUGUCAUAUAACUGUUUAUAUUA